AUGGCCUGGACCAAGCUCCUUGUCGUCGCGACUUUGUUGGGUUCGGCUUUUGGCUUUGACAAGAUUGAUAAACACAACGAGGAGGAUCCCGAUGGAGCUGUCGUCCGUCACCGAAGACUUUCAACAAUUGGCGGGGUAGUGUCGUAUUCGUAUUCAGCUAUUCCUUCUACUGAACUUACUGGGCAACUAGCCACAGGACCAAAAUCAUUUUUUCAAAUCUUCGGAAACGGUGCAGGCAAUAACUUCUACGAUGACACACCUCUCUACUCUAAUACAUUUGGUUCGCCCACGUUGUCGUUUAAGGUAACCGAAAAAGAGUUUUCGCUCUCGCUCACUCAAACACAACGAUUGGAUCCUGCAGUACUUCUCUUCCCCGGUUUCCUGAAGGGGGAAAUGACGGUGAAUGGAAAAAGGUUUUGGGCGUUUACCUUGAAAUUCACUGUCCAAGCGCCUUCGCUCCGGUUGAGGGUGGAAGGGAGCAUUGUGCAUGUCAACAGGCUGACCCCAGCGGCACAUGACGAUGAUUCUGAAGCGGGGAUUGCACUGCCAAUCGACAGUGAGAUUGACAUUCGAUUCAAUCUAGGAUUGCUUGGUCAAAAGAAAGAGGGGAACAGGAAGCACGAGGUUCGUUCUCACAGCAAUAAAGUUGACGCUCCUGGCCAUAGGGAUUGUAUGGUGAGAAAUUCUCUGGUCGGGGAUUGCUGCGCGGGCACAAACUUCAGGGACUUUUCCUACAAUCUUAGAGUGCUUCAUUCUGGGGUUAGGCCAAAGGGAUUCGGAGAACCGCAUUUUGUGACCUGGACCGGCCAGCUCUAUGAUUAUCAAGGUGAAUGUGACCUUGUCCUUUUGUCUGCUCCCAACCUUGAGCAUGGUUCGCUAGACAUCCACAUUCGAACGAGAAUCCGCUAUGGUAAGAAAUGCCGCCGCCCUGCGUAG